AUGCCAGGCCUAGGCAAGACAACUUUGGCUAAAUCAAUAUAUCAUGAAUCUCAGAUUGAUAGCCACUUUCAAGAAAAAAUAUGGGUGUGUGUGUCAACCCCUUUUGAAGUCAAUACAAUUUUGAGGGGGAUAUUGGAAAGUCUGAAACCAGAGAAAUCGGCAAUCCAAAGCAAGGAUGCGAUUUGUAAGUUCAUUCGAGAAGAGUUGCAGGAAAAAAAAUACCUUCUCGUACUGGAUGAUGUUUGGAGCGAAGAUACUACAAAAUGGAAGGAGUUGAAAAAUCGUUUGCUAAAUAUAAAUGAUACUCAAGGAAGCAGCAUCAUGGUCACUACCCGUAGUGACAGAGUUGCAGAAGUCAUGGAAACUCUUCCUAGAUGUGAUUUAGGAAAACUAUCGGAUGAUGAAUGCUGGCUCAUAAAGAAGGAUAAAGCCAUUCCCCGUGGGAGUCCUCCUAUGUCGAAGGAGCAGGAGACAAUCGGUAGAGAGCUCGCUAAAAGAUGUGGAGGUAUACCACUAGUGUCAAAGGUGCUGGGAGAUGUAAUGCGCUCUAAAACAAGUGAUGGAUGGCGAUCACUUUUAAAUAGUAACACAUUGGAUUCACCAGAAGGAGAAAAGAGAAUCUUUUCCAUCUUGAAGUUGAGUUUUGAUGAACUAAAACCUCCAUCCUUGAAACAAUGUUUUGCAUAUUGCUCGAUGUUCUCCAAAGAUUUUGGUAUUGAAAAGGAUGACUUGAUCCAACUAUGGAUGGCUCAAGGAUGGCUUCAUCCUUGUUCUGACAAAAGCCUUGAACCGGAGGAGAUAGGUAAUGAAUAUUUUACAAUUUUAUCAGCAAAGUCUUUCUUUCAAGACUUCACAAAAAAUGAUGAUGGUAAUGUUACCAAAUGUAAGAUGCAUGAUCUUGUGCACGAUCUUGCUGAACAUGUAUCAAAAUCAGAAAACUUACGCUCACUUUUCUCAAAUGGAGAAGAUCUUGGGAGCAACUUACUUAAAUUCAAAACUUUACGUGGUGUGUUGAAUUUAUACAAAGCAGACAUCAUGGAGUUGCCCAUUUCAAUUGGAAAACUGAAACACUUGAGGUAUUUGAAUGUUUUGAAAACAAGAAUCAAGACAUUUCCCAAAUCAAUCGGUCAGCUUUAUAACCUGCAGACCUUGAAAAUACCAUAUCAGCUAGAAGAACUUCCAAGAGAAAUUACUAGUUUGAUCAACUUGCGGCACAUUUAUUUUGGUAGAUAUAUGAAAGUUCCAGGUGGAAUUUUAAGACAGUUGACAAAUCUCUGGACAUUACCUUUUCUCAAGGUUGGUAAGGAGACAGGGUCUGCAAUUGAGGAAUUGGGUGGUUUAAACCAGUUACACGACACCUUGUCGAUAUAUGGAUUGGAAAAUGUGGGAGAUGGAGAAGAAGUUUCAAAAGCAAACUUGGUCGAGAAGAAACACAUACGCAAGUUGAUCCUUGAUUGGAAGCUUAGUAGGACAAACAACAAUGUGGGAACUGACAAUGAUGUACUAGAAGGCCUCAGCUCACACUCGGGCUUGGAAUUUUUGGCGAUUCAAGGAUUCAUGGGUGUUAAAUUUCCAUCAUGGUUAUUGAUAGCCAACAAUCUGAAAGAGAUUGAAUUAUUGGACUGCAACAAAUGUGAAGGAGUCCCAGCACUUGGGCAGUUAUCUAAUCUGAGUUGUGUGAAGAUAAAGGGAAUGGAUAACCUAACCUGUAUAGGGUCCGAGUUCUAUGGUGAUGACCAUGUCAACUGUGGAAAUGGAUCAAGUAGGAAAAAGCAACCUUUGUUCCCUGCUCUGAAAAGGCUGUAUAUUGAGGAGGCUCGGAACCUGAUUGAGUGGAUGGAAGCGCCAACGGAAGGAGCAAACGUGGUGUUUCCAUGCCUUGAGGAGCUAUUCUUGAUUGGUUGUAAAAAACUGAAAAGUGCUCCCAGUCAUUUUCCAUCCCUCAAGAAGCUGGUGAUAGAAGAUAUGGAUAGCGGAGGCAUGCCAAUAUCAAGUAUUCUAAGCAAUAAACUCACCACUCUUACUUAUCUCGUCUUAUACGAAGUGGGGGGACUGACUUGUCUGCCGGAAGGGAUGUUGGAAAACAACAAGAAUCUUGCACAUUUACAGAUAAAUCUUGACAAAGAUUUAACCUGUAUUUCUCCCGAGUCGCAAGGAUCCGAUUACUGCUGCGUUUCUCCUACAGUUUUCAGGAUAUGGAGAUGUGUCAACCUCAGAUACUUACCUCAUGGGCUACUCACUCCUUCUCUUAAGUUGAUGAGAUUGUCUUGUCCCAACAAUGAGCUCGAUGAAUUCCCAGCUUUUCAGGCUAUACCACAACUUGAAAAACUACGCAUCUACGGGUGGCGUAAGCUUAAGUCUCGCCCUGAACAAAUUCAACACUUGCCUUCCUUGAGACAAUUGGAUAUUAGUCAUAUUACUUCCUUUCCCGCAAUGGAGGCUAUUCCAGAGUGGUUGGGAAACCUUGCAUCUCUUGAGGACCUGACUAUUGAGUGGAGCGAGAGUUUAAAGUGUCUACCUUCUGUGGAAACAAUGCAACGUCUCACCAAAUUGAAAGAGAUACGGAUCCACGACUGUCCCCUUUUAGAAGAAAGAUGCACAGAGGAGAGUGGCCCGGAGUGGCCUAAGAUUCGUCAUCUUCCGCUGAUCACGAUCGUCAAAUCCACAUCUUUGCAGCGAAAAGUGUUUGUGAUAUCUGAUGGUGACAGGAACAAGCCAGUUCUUGAAGCAGAAUACAGCAAUCCAAGGGUGUUGAUUUCUCACAUUGCCAGCCAAGCUGAGAACUUGGGAGUACGCACGGGUGCUAUUGUUAUUCCACUCACUUGGUUAAAGUUUGGAAGCAGGCUCAUUGUGGAUACUUCCGCUCGAGCAGGAACUGAAGACCUGACUUCAGCUCGGAGACCUUCAUGA